AUGGAGACCAGAAGAUCUGACUCUCAGGACAUCCUGAUGUUAGGAAAUGAAACAAAGAUAACAGAAAUCAUCCUUCUUGGAUUUCAAGACUUGGUUGACUUUCAUAUUCUUCUUUUCCUGGUCUUUCUAGUGAUUUACAUUGUGGCCAUAACUGGAAACAUUCUUAUAUUGGUCCUAGUAAUCUUUGAGCAGCGCCUGCAUACUCCCAUGUAUUUCUUCUUGGGGAACAUCUCCUUCCUGGAGUUUUGUUAUACGUCCAAUAUAUUUCCGAGGAUGCUCUCAGAUCUGCUGACUGGGAACAAAAUGAUUUUUUUCAGCAGUUGCUUAACACAGUGGUAUACCUGUGGUAGUUUGAUAUUUUCAGAAAGCUGUUUACUCUGUGCAAUGUCUUAUGAUAGGUAUUUGGCAAUUUGCAAACCAUUACACUAUGCAACCAUGAUGAAGACCCAAACUUGUGUCCAGUUAGCAGCUACAUCUUGGUUGAAUGGAUUUAUUUGUUUUUUGCCCUUACUCUUUCUGAUGUUGCAAUUAAAUUAUUGUGGCCCCAAUGUAAUUGAUCAUUACUUUUGUGACUAUUUCCCAAUCCUAGAGCUCUCUUGCAGUGAUACUACAGUGCUGAAACUGUUGGGUUAUAUUGUGGAUGCCAUGUUUCUUGUUUGUCCAUUCCUUCUCAUUGUGAUAUCUUAUGUAUACGUUAUCAGUGCCAUCUUCAAAAUUCCAUCCACUACUGGGAGACAAAAGGUCUUUUCUACCUGUUCCUCUCACUUAACUGUCAUUUCUAUUUUUUAUGGGUCUCUAAUUGUUGUGUAUAUGCUGCCAAAGACUGAAGGAGAGACAGGUACAGGAAAAUUUUCUUCUCUCCUAUAUAUAGUGCUGCCCCCUCUGGUCAACCCUUUCAUAUAUAGCCUAAGAAACCAGGAGGUCAGAGAUGCUUUACGAAAUAUUACUGGGAGGAUUAUGCAUAAGAAAUUCAUUCCAUAA